AUGUGCACCGUUAAAACAUCCGCGAUAGCUCUCCAAGACUUAACACGGGCGGAGGUGUCUCGCCAUACACAUAACAACGAUGCCUGGACAAUCAUCAAUGGAGAUGUCUGGGACGUUACCGGCUUCGCUGAAACGCAUCCCGGUGGUGAAGAUGUCAUCGAAGAGCACCACGGUAAAGAUGCUUCUGAAGUUUACAACUCCGUCCACGGCCCAAAGCUGGCAAUAAGCUAUUUCGGAGCCCCCAAACUAAUGGGAAGAGUUCCAGAAUUGGCACCAGCUCAGGUUCAGCAGUCUUGGGAAAACCCCAAGCUCAUCAGAAACCCCCCACCACUGGACUCCAUCAUCAACCUGCAAGACUUUGAAGAUGCUGCAAGAUCUUGCCUCAACGAACGAUCAUGGGUUUACGUUUCCGGUGCUUCCAAUGACUGCUACACAGCGUCCAAGAACGCCGAGAUAUAUCAGUCAGUCUUUCUGCGGCCUCGAGUCUGUAGACCUAUCAGCCAGGUCGAUACAAGCACAACAAUACUGGGCUACCGUUUUGACGUCCCCAUCUUCAACGCUCCCGCAUCCUUGGCUAUGCUGACGCACCCGUCGGCCGAGGUUGGGUUGGCAAAGGGACUAUCAGCGUCGGGGAGUACUAUUAUAAUGCCUACUCUUGCUUCAUAUUCGCUAAGAGAAGUCGUUGAGACUCUGCCCCAGAACUAUCCCUUCUUUUAUCAACUGUAUAUUCCGCGGGAUCCUUCAGCAUUGGCAAGGCUCUUGGAUGAGAUUCGUCGUGCUUCACCAAAGGCUGUAAUGAUAACUGUGGAUCUGCCGGUCUUUAGUAAACGAGAGGCCAAUGAGCGUUACGAGAUGAGGAUGGCGAAAGAAAAGGGCCAGUCAAAUGACAAAAAACAGAGCAGGCAAUCCCGCGCCGCAAGUACAGCAAUCAGCCCAGACGUUACAUGGAUCCAGAUCCAAACUAUUAAGGAAACCCUUGGGAUACCCAUCUUCAUCAAGGGGAUCCAGUGUGCUGAAGAUGCCAUGAAGGCUUUUGAAACCGGCUGUGAAGGAAUUUACAUCUCGAAUCAUGGCGGGCGUGGUGUUGACACAUCGCAGCCAGCACUUCUGACUCUGGCAGAGAUCAACCUCAAGUGCCCACAGCUCUUAUCCCAGAUGAUUGUUUUCAUCGACGGGGGUAUUCGUCGAGGGACAGAUGUCUUCAAAGCCAUCUGUCUCGGUGCUCAUGGAGUUUGUGUUGGCCGACCUUUCUUCUAUGCUCUGAUGUACGGAGAAGAAGGUGUGAGGCAUCUGAUGAACAUCUUGAAAGAUGAGCUGGAAAAUGCCAUGCAGCUGUGUGGAAUUCAACAGCUGAGUGAGGCUCAUCCGGGAUUGCUGAAUACCAAGGCCCUCGUGAACAUGGUUGAUACGGGCGAGUUACUGAAGAAGGGUAGCAAACUGUAA